AACAGGCAUUCGAGGCGGGCAGCCCUUCUAAAAGAGGCGAUCUAGGGGUCCUCACGGGUGCAGCGCUUCAUUCCAACAUGGCGGCGAACAGCACGGGGAAUAAAAGCGGCGGAGGGAAGCAGUCCGGCCCCUCUGCUGAGCAGGUGGUGGCGAACUUCCAGAGGAUGCGGCAGGAGCAGCGCAGCAUGGCCUCGAAAGCUAGUGAGCUGGAGAUGGAGAUCAAUGAGCACAGCCUGGUCAUCGACACACUGAAGGAAGUCGACCCCUCGCGGAAGUGCUACCGUCUAGUCGGCGGUGUGUUGGUCGAGAGGACUGUAAAAGAAGUGCUGCCUGCUCUGGAAAACAAUAAAGAACAGAUAUCAAAGUUAGUCACGUCUUUUAACACGCAAAUGCAGACGAAAGGCCGGGAGCUGACGGAGUACCGGGAACGUUACAACAUCCGCCUGGUGGGAGAAGACGACAAACAGGGCAAGGGCAACGGGGCUCAGGCCAAAGAAAGCGAAGAGGGGGGAUCUAAAAGCGGAGCCGGCGUUCUGGUCUCUUAGUCUGUUUAGCCGUUUCGCAUAAACCUAUAAUUAAUUAUGUGGGGUUCGAGAGCCUGAAUAUUGUGAAGAUCGCAAAUUUUACAUGUGAAUUUUGUAUAUUCAUAAUAUCUGGAUGGUCUCUCUUCUUCUUGACACACCCUAGAAGGCAGAACAGCACAGCUGACUGGGAAAAUUCUCACCGUUCUAUAGUACAGUUACAGUUAUGGGUUUAUUAUGAGUGCAGCCGUGACCUUUACUCCCGAAACUCUUUUGUUUUCUUUAAAUGCUUUGUGUAGGAUCAUCGAUUGCAGAGAAUUCACAGCUCCAAGACGUACAUAACACAAUGCACAACGAAAAUAAUGCUUCUGCCUUUCACAUAGUAAGGAAUGUUAUAACAAACAGACCUGCAUCCAACCUGUAGACAUUUCAGAAGUUCAGCAUCAGGCUACACUGUAGAGUGUAGACUUUUCAUGCAGCACUGAAUCAUCAACCAGGAUUUUGGAACCAUUAAUUAAAAUGCAGUAGUUGUGUAAAAAAAUAAAAAUAAAAAAGUCUUGCCCAAACUUAUAAAUUAGAACACAACCCUACAUGUACUUAUACAUAUUUUGAAGAUUUUUUUUUUAUGUUUGUCUUGUUUUUGAUUAAUUAAUUAAAAUGCGACUUGAACAUC